AUGACAAACCCUUUGGCCGCGACCCGCGAAGUCGGAAAUAAUGUCAAGUAUGGAUGGUGGUUUUUUGAAUUUUUAGAACUUUUUUGUGAAGCUAAGGGUCUAAAGUUGGGGUUUUUUGAGAUUUUAGAACGUUUUGUUUUAUGUAAUGGUUUAAAAUUAAUUUAUUGAGUCUUACCAUUAGGAUCAAUGAGCAAUUCUAGUGUAAUAUAAAUUAAUUUUCAGUCAAAGCCGAGAGAAUUUGAUUCGAACUCAACCAAAUGUCUAUGAACGACGUACCACCGAGAGUUCAAUCACGCCGGAACAAGCGUUGAUCCACUUGAUCAAGGUUAUGAUGGGCACUGGAAUGUUGUCAUUGCCAUUGGCUUUCAAACAUUCUGGAUUAUUCGUAAGUUCUUGUUUUUUGUGUUGUAUUUUAGGUUAAAAUGACAAGAAUACUUUAGAAAAUGGGAGAAAAAGGUGUUAAACUAUGUAGAAGGUGAAGUUGUUUUCAGUGGAAAAACACUGAAAUUGACUUUGCUUUUUUUCUUUUAUCUCAGUUUUUUGUUCUAUUUUACGUUUUUGGAUCAAUGUAUAACUAAAGAUCUUAAAAAAGAUAAUUAUAAAAAGAAUAGAACCUACUUUUAUAAGCAAGACCUGUCAGAAGAUUGAUACAAGUAUAAUAUGAGCAAUAACAAUAUAAAAUUAUAAACUUUUUAGUUAGGCCUUCCUUUGUUGAUGGUAAUAUGCGCUGUAUGCACUUACUGUUGUCGUAUACUGGUACACUCAUCAACGUAUCUAUGCCGACGAAAAGGUCAGGAAAGAUGGAUUAUGCCAAUGUUAUGAGGAAUGCUGUCGAGUUUGGUCCCGAUUGGAUCAGCGGAUGGGGAUAUUUUGCAAAGUGAGUAAGACUGUUGCAAUCACAGUGUUAUAAGUUGCGCUAGAAUAUCGUUAUAAGGAUUUUUCAUUAUAAUAACUAUAUUCUUAUAGACAAUAUGGAGAUAUAUUCUUAAAAAUUUAGAUUUUAGGUAUAAAACAGGUGAUAAGAACACCAUUCGUUAUAGGCACAACUUUUUUAAUUGUUUUUUAACAUACCUCUACAGUAGAAGGUUUAAAACUAAAAUUUUUCAGAAAUCUAGUCAACCUGAACAUGUUCAUAGCCCAGAUCGGCUUCUGUUGUGUCUACUUUGUCUUUAUGGCUGACAAUUUGAAACAGUUUUUUGACGAAACGUCAGAAAUCCAUAUCUCUCAAGCUGGAUGGAUAGCUCUACUUUUAAUCCCCAUUUUCUUUUUGUGUACCAUUAGACAGUUGAAGGUACUAGCACCGUUUGCUUUGAUUGGAAAUGUGGUUUACAUUGUCGCUGUAACAAUCGUCAUUUACUAUUUGUGCUCGCAUUUACAGCCGAUUACGGCGGUAAAAUACGUUGGAAGUUUGGAUGAUAUGCCAUUGUUUUUUGGAACGGUCAUGUUUGCUUUUGAGGGCAUUGCUGUGGUAAGUUAAUGGUUGGUAUGUUAUGGUAAUGUGGUCCUUGAGUAUUCAUUGUUCAAAUACUUAUGUGACCUCUCUCAAAGCAUUUUUUUUUGGUUAGAGGCACAUAAUUAUUUGAACUUCUUAAUCAAUAGGACUGGAGGGUAGAGGUAGGGUAAUGUAAGGUAACGUAGAGCAUAGUGGAGCAGGGCAAUACAUCUUUAAGGUAGGACUUCUUUAAAGUUAUAGUAUGUGUUUUUAAAUUAAAAUGUUUUUAAAUUUCAGAUCCUGCCAAUUGAGAAUCAGAUGGAUGAACCUCCCCACUUUAUCUCAAACACUGGUGUUCUCAACACUGCGUGCCUAUUGGUUUUGGCAGUAUAUUCAACCACAGGAUUCUAUGGUUACUUAGCUUUCGGUGAUGCAGUAAAAGAUACUAUCACUCUUAACCUUCCUAAUGAAUGGUAAGACGUUGAUCUGUGUUUUCCUUUUAUUUUUUCAAUUUUUGUAAAUUUGAUUUACACAAAAUUCUCCAUUUGUAAUGCAUACCUACAAGAAGAAAGCAAAGGUGGUUAAAAAAACAGUUUCAAAUAAUCAAAAUUAUUGUUUUAGGUUCUACCAACUGAUCAAGUUGAUGUUUGUCGGUUGUAUUCUGGUAUCAUUCCCUUUACAAUUCUACGUUCCAAUCGAAAGAAUUGAAAAAUGGAUCUCAAGGAAGGUACCACAAGAUAGACAAGAGUUCUUUGUCUACUUCUCUAGGUACUCAUUGGUUCUUGUCAUUUGUAAGUUGCACUUCUAACAAAUUUUUAAAAAAUUUACCGAUUUUUUGUAAUUUAAACAAUAUUUAAGUUAUUUCUGUUUUUUGUGAACAUUUAGAAGAAUUUAUACAUUUUUUGACCUUAAUUUUCCGCUUUCUCACUAAAAUAUUAUUUUAGGCUUGUUAGCGGAACUAAUUCCUCAUUUGGCCCUAUUUAUCUCACUUAUUGGUGCCUUCGCUGGUACCGCGUUGGCCCUACUCUUCCCUCCAGUUAUUGACCUCCUCACACAUUGGGCACAAUGCACUCUAAAUGGCAAAGUUUGGCUCACCGACCUUGUUUUAGUAUCUUUUGGAUUCCUGGGCUUUUGUACCGGAACUUAUGCCAGUUUACUGGAAAUCGCAAAGGCUUUCGGCAAAGUGGAUCCGUUGUAG